AUGCUACCGCUCGGCUGCUCACGCCGGCUGGUGGCCGAGCUGCGGGACGCCCUGGACACCUGCGCCGAGCGGCAGCGCCAGCUGGAGCAGAGCCUGCGAGUCUCCCGGAGGCUGCUGCGGACCUGGGAACCAGCUGAGACUCCGACUCCGGAGCCAACCCCAGGUCCAGAAACUAAUGAAGAGGCCCCAUCUUCAGCAGGCACACCCAGCCCGCAAGACCUCAAGGAGCUGGAGCUUCUCACCCAGGCACUGGAGAAGGCUGUACGCGUGCGAAAAGGCAUAUCUAAGGCUGGAGAAAGAGACAAGGCCUCCAGCCAGAAGUCUGGAUCCAUUGCCACUUCUGCUACCACAGCUGCUGCCCCACACCGGGCUUCUCAAACAAAACUCCCCAGGGGUACCCGCCAGGCCACCAGGCCUGCCAAGGGCCUCCCUAAGCCUAGGCUUCUGUCAGCGGGGGAUCAGACCUGUAGAGGGAGAGGGCCCCUAGCUGCCAAGCCUGGACCAGGCCUCAGGGACCAACAGAUAGCUCCAUCGGCUGCUCCUCAGGCCCCAGAAGCUUUCACGCUCAAGGAGAAGGGGACGCUGCUGCGGCUGCCCAUGGCUUUCAGGAAGGCGGCUUCUCUGAACUCCUGCCUGUGGGCCCAGCUCAGCUCUACACAGACCAGCGACUCCAUGGAUGCCGCUACGUCCUCUAAAACCCAAUUCCUCCAGAAAAUGCAGGUGACAUCAGGCUGGCCGAGCUCCGGGCUCAGUGCUGCAGAGGUGGAGGCAGAGGUGGGGCGCCUGCAGAAGGCUUGCUUGCUGCUAAGACUGAGAAUGGAGGAAGAGCUCGCAAGAGACCCCACGGACUGGAUGCAGGAGUACCGUAGCCUGCUCACCUUGGAGGGGCUCCAGGCCAUUGUGGGGCAGUGCCUCCACAGGCUGCAGGAGCUGCAGGCAGAGGAGAGUGACGAAGAGGUGCCUGGCUGUCACCCCAGGAGGCCACGUUCCCCUGUCCUCCCGGAAGUGGUGGGACAGCAGCUGGGGCCGUGGCCUGAGGAGAGACUCCCCAUGGCCUCAUUGCCUCGUGAAGGAGGAGCGGAGCCCACCUGGAGCCCCCAGCUGCUUCUCUACUCCAGCACCCGGGAGCUGCAGACGCUGGCAGCCCUCAGGCUUCAGGUGGACAUGCUGGACCAGCAAAUCCACCUGGAAAAGGUCCUGAUGGCAGAACUUCUCCCGCUGGUGAGCGUGCAGGAGCCACUGGGACCGCCCCCGCUGGCACUGUGCCGGGCGGUGCACAGCCUUCUCUGUGAGGGAGGCCAGCACUUCCUCACCAUCCUGCGAGAUGAACCUGCUGACUGA